UUUAUUUUUUCCGAAUCGCACGCUUUUUCUCCGUCUCUCGUCGGGUCGUUCGGCUAAAACCAAAAUUAAACAAAAUUGGCAAUUAGAAAAGCGCAGCCACGGCGAAAUCUAGGAGGCAGCAGCAGAACGGCGACCUGUGACGGAAGAAAGCAGUAAGAAAUUCUCCAAAUUUCUAUCGCGGCGCGCGCGUGUUGACACACGCACACACACACACACUCAACAGAGCUGCAUACACACGUGUGUGUGACGCAAAAGGAAAAAGAAGAAGAGGAGUGAGGAGCAAAGGGGAAUUGACAAAUAACAAAGUUUGGUGACCACUGGACUCUGCACUCGCUGUUAUUGUUGCUGUUGUUUCCCUGAUAUUCGCCAGAGGAGGAGUUGCACCGCAUGGACGAGGAAGUCAUUGAAAUCAGCGAUAGUGAACGCGAGGAAAACUCUUCCAACUCGGAAAUGGAUGUGGAAAUCACCGCCGAGCAGCCGGGAGUCGUUGGCGUUGAUGCCAAGGGCGAUGCUGCCAUGGAGGAGAUUGUGCCCAAGGACGCGGCCACCAUCGCCGAAGAGAAAAAGAAGCUGGGCAACGACCAAUACAAGGCACAAAACUAUCAAAAUGCACUCAAGCUCUAUACGGAUGCCAUAUCGUUAUGUCCUGACUCGGCGGCCUACUAUGGCAAUCGGGCUGCCUGCUACAUGAUGCUGCUCAAUUAUAAUAGCGCCUUAACGGACGCCCGCCAUGCCAUCCGUAUCGAUCCUGGCUUCGAGAAGGCCUACAUACGGGUGGCCAAAUGUUGCCUGGCUCUCGGUGACAUUAUCGGUACGGAGCAGGCGGUUAAAACAGUGGCGGAGCUCAAUUCACAGAGCACAGCACUGAGCGGUGAACAGUCGGCGGUACAGAAGCUACGACAACUGGAGGCCACCAUACAGACCAAUUAUGAUUCAAAGGCAUAUCGCAAUGUGGUCUUUUAUCUGGAUAGUGCCUUGAAAAUGGCACCAGCCUGCUUGAGAUAUCGCCUUUUGAAAGCCGAGUGCCUUGCAUUUCUGGGACGCUGCGAUGAGGCCUUAGACAUUGCCGUGGGCGUUAUGAAGCUGGAUACCACCUCAGCGGAUGCCAUUUAUGUGAGAGGAUUGUGCCUGUAUUAUACUGACAACCUGGACAAGGGCAUAUUGCAUUUUGAGCGCGCCUUAACCCUCGAUCCUGAUCAUCACAAGUCUAAGCAAAUGCGCAGCAAGUGCAAACAGCUCAAGGAGAUGAAGGAGAAUGGCAAUAUGCUCUUCAAAUCGGGUCGUUAUCGUGAGGCACAUGUCAUCUACACGGACGCCUUGAAGAUUGAUGAGCACAACAAGGAUAUUAAUUCGAAAUUGUUGUAUAAUCGUGCCCUGGUCAAUACCCGCAUUGGUAACUUGCGCGAAGCGGUAACUGACUGCAAUCGUGUAUUGGAGCUAAAUAGUCAAUAUCUGAAGGCUCUGCUGUUACGUGCCCGCUGCUUUAAUGAUCUGGAGAAGUUCGAGGAGGCGGUGGCCGACUAUGAGACGGCAUUGCAGUUGGAGAAGACGCCAGAGAUUAAGCGCUUGUUGCGCGAUGCCAAGUUUGCGCUGAAGAAAUCGAAACGAAAGGAUUACUAUAAGAUCCUUGGCAUCGGACGUAAUGCCAGCGAUGAUGAGAUUAAGAAGGCGUAUCGUAAGAAGGCACUGGUACAUCAUCCCGAUAGGCAUGCGAAUAGCAGUGCCGAGGAGCGUAAGGAGGAGGAGCUGAAGUUCAAGGAGGUGGGCGAGGCAUAUGCCAUACUGUCUGAUGCCAGGAAGAAGUCGCGCUAUGACAGUGGGCAGGAUAUCGAGGAGCAAGAGCAAGCUGACUUCGAUCCGAAUCAAAUGUUCCGCUCAUUCUUCCAAUUUAAUGGCGGCGCCGGCGGCGGUGGUCGCAAUAAUUCGUUCAACUUUGAGUUCUAAGACAGAUCCUGUGUGUGUUCGUUCGUUCAGAGGAUACAAAAUCCCUUGACCCACAAUAUAUCUGCCUCAUCCGGAAGCCAACGCGACCCAACAACGCUGCGCACAAAAUUUUCAAAUCUUUUUGCUUUGUGUUCUUUUUAUACAAAAACAAAAGGAUUCGCUUUGAUUUUAUACAUCUUGGUUGGCAAACGAAAAAAAAAAAGAAAAUCAAAAGAAGAAAAUUACUAGGCAAAUUUUGUGAAAGAAUGAAAAUCAAAUUGGAAAAUUUUCAGUGCAUUUUCACAUUUUAAAUGUUUCUUUUUAAAUCAUUUCGGUGGCAUUAAAUCAAACCUAAUAAAUUUGAAACUUAUGUGAAAUGAAAACUAUUAAUUUAUGUAUGUGAAAUUUUUGCGUCGUGUGCUUGCGUAUACAUUAUAUAGAGGAGUAACUGAUUAAUUAAUGAUUAAAACAAAUCGUAGCCUUA